AUUUCCAAGCCCGACGUGCAGAGGGGAGUGCAGUCGGAGUGUGAACAUCAAAGAGGAAGCAGGGUAGUUUACGGAUGGGUUAGAGCGUAGGUAAAUACCUGGGUGGAGUUAGCUCGUGUGAGUCGGUGUUUCUAUUGGAGUCUUGUGUAGCUGUCUAGGAUAUUUCUGUUCGCAAUAUUCUGGAAGCUGAUAAAAAAUGGUUGAGAAGAUCUUGGAAGAAGUGCAAGGCUCUGAAGCUGAAAGCUGCGAGGUGCUGUCUGUCCUGUGUGACAAGACGGAUGACGUGCAGCAGCGCAAGGAGGAAGCCCGCAGGAAGCGCCGCAAGAAGAAGAGGAACGGCUCGAGCUUGGUUUCGUCCUGCUUCCAAGAACUGUACAAGCUGACAGGUGAGGUGCUGGGGACAGGGGCAUAUGCCUCGGUGCAGACAUGCGUCAACAUCUGGACUGACGUGGAGUAUGCAGUGAAGAUCAUAGACAAGAUCCCGGGUCACAGUCGUGGCCGCGUCUUCAAGGAGGUGGAGACUUUCCAUUACUGCCAGGGUCACCCCAACAUCAUCCAACUCAUAGAGUUCUUUGAGGAUGAGGACAGGUUCUACCUGGUGUUUGAGAAGGUGAAUGGCGGGCCGCUGCUGACACGCAUCGAGGAGCAGGUGCACUUCACGGAGCGCGAGGCGAGCCGCAUUGUGCGCGAUCUGGCCAGUGCCCUGCAGUUCCUGCACCUCAAAGGCAUCGCCCACCGGGACCUCAAGCCUGAGAACAUCCUGUGUGUGUACCCGGACAAACUGAGCCCCGUCAAGAUCUGCGAUUUUGACCUCAGCUCGGGCAUAAAGUUUAAUGCAGACCUGUCUUCCCCACUCGCCACCCCGCAGUUGCUCACGCCGGUGGGCAGCGCAGAGUUCAUGGCGCCGGAGGUGGUGGAGGCGUUUGUCGGGGAGGCGGACUUCUACGACAAGCGCUGCGACCUGUGGUCCCUGGGCGUCAUCGCGUACAUACUGCUGUGCGGCUACCCACCCUUCUACGGCAGCUGCGGGCUCAACUGUGGCUGGGACCGCGGUGGCAACUGCCAGCACUGCCAGGAGCUGCUGUUCAGCAGCAUCCAGGACGGCCGCUACGAGUUCCCUGACGCAGACUGGGCUCACAUCUCUGAAGACGCCAAGGACCUCAUUCGCAGGCUGCUGGUGAAGGACGCACGUCGCCGCCUGUCGGCAGAGAGCGUGCUGACACACCCCUGGUUGCAGCAGGGCGUGUGUGCCGCCCCGCUGCCUGCACGCUCGCUCACUACUCCGCACAAUAUCCGUCGGAACAACAGCGCGCGGGAGUUGUCUGCAUUCGCGGAGAGCGCGAUGGCGGUGAACCGUGUCGUGCUCCAGCACUUCAGCAUGAACCUGGAUGUGCCCCCGGCUGCUCCACCUCCGGCCGCGCGUCUCUCCCCGCCUGGUGACUCUGCUCUCAUGCGGCGCCGUCGCUCCCAGCAGCAGCCAAUCACGGUGGAGGCAAGUGGCUAGCUGGCCUCAACACUCCGCCGUUCAAGUACCUGAUCUAUUUUUACCGACACCUGUAAAUAACUGUCCACAAAACAUUUUUUUUAAAUGGAAAUCCUGCAGAUAGUUUUCGAGCGAUAGAUUUUUCGAGGAUCAACAUUCCUCGUGUUUGUGGCUUUUUCCCCCUCCCCCCUCGUAAGUUUUCUGUAUUUUUUUGUAAAACUAGUAAAGAUUUUUGUUUUCUUUUUUUACAUUUGUAUGAAAUACUUGUGUUGACGCGGAUUUACGCGUUUGCCUAGACUGAUGUUUAAAGUUUAAAAUAACAGAAAUGCACAUUUUCUGUGUGUGUCAUGUUACUUGUCUUUUGUGAAGCUGGCUUGGGAUGGAUAUCACUGCUCCGGUUAAUUUUUCUUCAAAGUUAUGAAGUGUGAAUGAGGUAAUAAAUAUCUAAUGGAGGGGAUAAAAUUUAUUUUUUGUCUGUAAUUUUUAAGGUUUGCUGUAAUAUUUUUAAGACAAAUUUUUAAAAUUUUUUUUUUAAGUUAUGUUUCUCCACGCUAACAGACGAAUAUUAAUUACUUAAAGAUAUCCAUACAGGUCAGCUGUAAUGGAUUGUAAAAUCUCUAGUUUUAGUUCUGCUGUGUGCUUGUGUGCGUGUGUGCGUUUAACGUAUGAUUGGUGGCAAGUUGCUCUUCCAAUGUGUUCAUAUUGAAUCUUGGGGAGGGUCGAGUCGCUUGUAAAAACAUUUCCAGUUGUUGAUGACUGCCUCAAUUUUUUCUCCCCCCAUGUUGACACUGUUAUUUCUAGCAUUUGUUGAAAAGCUGCGUGACAGUGAAUCUAAUUUGAAAAAAAAUUGUGUUGGAUGGAAAUUUGGGUAAAAAAUUUCUUAAAGUAAUACAGCUCGUGAUAACUGGGUUUGUUAAUUAUUUUUCUGAAAUUUUUUUUUCUCUUAAUUCUCUGUUAUUGUGUGCCUUGUAAAUUCUUGGCAAGUAUAAAUUGGCAUUUUUUAUGUGAAUUAUGUUUAAAGAAACCAUUGUACUAAAUUUCCCGUGAAAUUAGUGUUUUAUUAAAUUUUUUUGUUGGAGAAAAUAUUUAUUGUGUUACCAUGAAGAUUCAGUUUUCAUGAAUACCAUGAUAUUGAGGUUUGUUAGUGUAAGAUGUAUUGAAGCCUAUUUGUUUGCGAGUUUAGUUUAGUCACUGGCAGCUUUUUAUGAUAUUGAAAAUAAAAAACAGGCCGAUGUUUUUUUGUCCUGUGAAGAUAAUUUUCACAUCAAACUGGUCAUAGUUUUGUACAGCACGAAGUCUCCACUAUUUAAAAACAAAAUUUUGUUGACAAAAAUUUUUUAGUGGUAGAGUUGCUAAGAGCAUGUAAUGGAUGUAAUUGAAGCGCAUUGCAUGAGCGAUGGUAGUAUUGGAGAGAUUUCUUAAAGCCUUCCAUAAAUUGCUGUGAUUUGUGUGGAGAGUAUUGGAGAUUGUGUGUAUUACUGGAUGGUUACAAUGCAGGUGAAGUUCGUUUUUGUAUGGACGAAAAAGUUUUCAGUGCUACUUUGAAAGUUUAUGGUACAAGAAACAUGUGUUUCUGUGUACUUUUACUUUUUGGUGUUAGUGAUUCAGAACAGGUUGCGGCGAGAUGGGUUUGGUGCUGUGAUGUCGGAGGCACUUUUACUGUGAUAUUGUUUGAAAAAAAUAAUGAAAAUAAAUAAAAAUUUACAUAAAA